CUUGUCAGUUGAAAAAAGCACGUGAAACUCGAGCUCAAAAGUCAGAAGCAAAGAAAAAUGACAAUAAUAAAAAUGAAUUGGAUAGGCAACGAAAUAGAUUAACAUCUGCAAUUCAACAAUUAUCUGAUAAAAAGGUCCCAGCAGUCACCUUAUUACAACUAUGCGUUAUCCAUAAGAUUUAA